AUGAACGGGGGAGACACUGUGAUCCCAGCCAGGCAAGGAAGAGAGAACCAGAGAUACGACGAGGAGGGGAGGAGGCUGGUGGCGGGAUGCAUAGUUGUAAGAGAGACGAGGGGCGAGAAAGAAUGCCUCAUGAUAUCGUCCACCAAGGAUCCAUCGAAGUUCAUCUUUCCCAAAGGCGGUUGGGAGAUUGACGAGACGUUGGAACAAGCUGCUGUGCGUGAAACCCUUGAGGAAGCUGGUGUCGUCGUCAAGCUCGUUCGCAACUUGGGUUGGUUCUUGUAUGACAGUAAGAAAGGAGAGGACAAGAACAACACGGCGAACGCUUCCCCCAAGGUUUGUUUCUUCCAAGCCACCUGCGUUGAAGAGCGUGCUGUAUGGGCAGAGGGGAACAGGCAGAGGCACUGGGUACCUGUCAAGGAGGCGUCCGGCAUCUGCAAGCACAAGUAG